CCCUUCUCUGGACUCGCUCCAGCACCUCAGUGCCUUUCUUGAACUUAGGGGCCCAAAACUGAGCACAGGACUCGAGGGGCCUCGCCAGUGCCGAGCACAGAGGGAUAAUCCCUGCCCUGCUCCUGCCGGCCACGCUAUUCCUGCUCCAGGCCAGGAUGCCAUUGUUGGCCUUGUCGAACCUCACCGCGCUGACGCCGGCCCACAGAAUUCCCUGACAAUCCGGUUUCCGUGGAGCACCAGGAGCGGCUCCCCGCGCCCACCGGGGGAAGGAAGAAGGGAAGGUGGUGGCAGCGCUCCCGCCGGCCUGUGGGCGGUGCUGGCGGGACGCGGCUCCCGGCGAUGUCCCCGGCCAUGUUCCCGCCGUGUCCCGGCGGCUCCCGCCUGUGCGGGCGGUCCGGGGCAGCUGGACCCGAACCCGUCCCCCCCUCCGGCACCCCCCGGCUCGGAGCCGGCCCGUUCUGCGGGGUCUGAGUGACCCGGGAUAGGCCAUGGCGCGGUGCCCGGCAGCAGCCGUCCGCUGGCAUCAUCCCUGCUUUGUCUGCCUAGGGAAGUCUGUCACAUCCUGGAAGUGUCCAAAAAACGCGUGGAUAUGUCACUUGAGGACAUGCUUUAAUGUAUUCCCCUUGUCUGCAGAGCAUGGGCAGAGAUCCCUGCCUCUUCUCCAGGACACAUGGAACCUUCUGCUCCUGCCUUCUCCUGGCGACGCUCAGGAGAAACCGAAAUUUUCAUAGGAAAAAGAAAAAAAGGAUGCUCUAAACCCCUGAUGUGCAGCCACUCAGCUCAGAACAGGCCAGCAGAGACCAACUCAGAGGUGGACAAGUCGGCAUCACCCUCAGUGGCUCAGCUAGCAGGGAAGUUCAAAGAGCAAGCAGCCAAUAUCCCUGGAAAAGAGGUGCCACCACACAAGCCAACUCGGAGGAAACCACCCUGCUCCCUUCCCUUGUAUUCCCACAAAACUGAGACAAGUGACAAUGAUGAGCAAAAGCGGUCGCCAAAUGCUUGCCCCAUUCCCAAGGUCAAGGUGAAAAGCUCACCCAUGAUUGAAAAGCUGCAGGCCAAUCUGGCUUUUGCUCCGGCUGCUCUGCUGCCGGGAGUGUCUCCCAAAAGCCCUGGGUUGAAAGUCCUGGUUUCUCCGUUCAGCACGCCUCCCUCAACGCCCACCAGCCCAGGGACUCAGUCCCAGCCCAGUGAGACGCCAGUCAGCUUUGAUCAGCCCCCAGAAGGCACUCAGCUGCAGUUCUACAACAAGGUGCGGACACGAGGAUCGAUAAAGCGCAGGCCUCCCUCCCGGAGGUUCCGAAGAUCUCUGUCCGAGUACGGGGACGGGGAAGAUUUAGUGGUCAACUUGUCUUCUCCUGAAAAUGGUGCCAGGGAAGAUGAGGUCUUUGGGCCCAAUGGCAAGACAGAGGAGGCGGAAACAGGGAGCAAAGACCAGAAGAAACAGGCAGGGUCUGAUGAGAAGCCAGCAUCAAGGAGAGGAUCCAGCAGAUCAGAGGAUGAAGAAAAAGGGAGCAAAGAGCAGAAGAAUCAGGCAGAGUCUGAUGAGAAGCCCCCAUCAAGGAGAGGAUCCAGUAGAUCAGAAGAUGGGGAAAAAAGGGAAAAGCAGGCAGAGGAAAUUACUCCUUGCAAGAAUAACACAGGGAAUACAGAGAAGGAAGAAGUGUGUCAUGAUGCCCCAGGAGAGGAGAGCUCUCCUCAGCCUCCCUCUGGAAACAGUGAGUUGUGUGAGGGUUCCCAGGGAGAAGAGCAGCAAAGCACUGCCUGUGAACAAGGAAAGGGGGACAAGGAGAAGGAGGAAGCUGAAGGUGAAACAAAGGAGAGCAGUGAGAGCACAGACACACAGAGAACAUCAGACACUGAAGAAACAGCACUGGCACCCGAACCGCUGCAGGACGCAGUGGGGUUAGAGACUGCCAGUGAGCCUUCAGUGUCAGCCACGCAGGACCAGGGCACAGCGUAGCUGUGACACACAGGUAAGAUGGGCCAGCAUGAUGGUGGCUCCUAAGACACCUGAGGGUUUUGCUGUUAACAAAAAUGGCAACUGUGGCAGAACACAACAACAAUUUUGCUGCUCCCCCCAUGUCAAAAGCCUCAGAUCUCAGGCCUGCAGAGGCUGUGAGGCAGGGUACUCAAAACGACCAGCCCUCCAGCCCUCCUGGGUGGUGUUAUAGAGAGGAUGGAAAAGAAGCAAAGCUGGUUCUGGAUUCAGUAUAAUGGCGAGGCUCUGCUUACCAGGCACCCUCCUGCAUUGCUGUUUUGAAAGCAGUUUGAAAGUACUUGCAGUAAAAAGCACAUUUCCCCAGCAGUAACCAUGUAUACACUGUAUCAGUAUGAUUUCUUACAUAUACAUAUUUAUAUGUGUGCACACGUUGUAUGUAUACAUGUGUACAUAUAUAUUCCCUAUGUGUUCAGCUUGUUAGCUUUGCCAGCAAACCCGGGGCACACCAGUUUCAUGACCAGCUCUGGAAGUGUGCAAGCAGGGGCCUUUGCUACUUGAAAUAAAAGGAUUUCUGCUGGCUAAAGCAGGACUUGUUCCAUGCACUUUCUUGUGUGUUCUGUAACCACUGAUAACAGAGCCACAGAUGCCUGAGGAUGUGUCUCAUCCCACCUCAAUCACCUCCUCUUCAAAUGCUUCCUUGGUUUGGCAAGGAGCAGCUGAAGGAAGGAUUCUGGUGCUCAGGCUGCAGCUCACCUUUGCCUCCUAGCACAGAAACCACCAAAGUACCCCCAGGACUUCCCAGUACUGCCUUUGCUUAGACCCAUGAUUAUUUUUCAUUAUUUCCUUACGUAUUUUCCCCUCUCAGAAGGACAUAUCCAAUCAGGGCAGAGGAGACUUAACAUGUGGAUAGGAGCCAUCUAACCCAAUCAAUGUGGAAGCUACUGGAAAACCUUCAGUGGCAGGAGAGGAGCAGAAUGCAGAAAUCUCCUGAGGUCCAGACUCAUCACAGAGCUGAGUGGCCACUCGCUGCCUCUCUGCUUUGCACCAUCAUAUUUUGGGACGGCUGGAAUAAGACACUGUUUGCAAUCUCUUCGGAGUUCAAAA